AUGCUCUGUCAUACACCUGAAACCCUGCCGCAAAUCUGGGAAUCCAAUGAGAGGCUAUCGAUGUGGAUUGACAUGAUCUGCAUCGAUCAGCUGGACAAUAAUGAGAAGGCGUUGCAGAUUCCCCUGAUGCGAGAUAUCUACUCAAGAGCGAGGUCAGUGGUUGUGUGGAUUCAUGAAUACGACAGCUAUUUGCGCUAUGCAUUUCAGCAUUUGCGUCGACUCAGUUCACAUCAGCCGGACGAAGAGAUCCCGUUUGACCCUAUGGGCUGGGAUGCGAUUCGACGCCUGCUUGGUUGCGAGUGGUUUCAUCGACGAUGGGUGAUUCAAGAAUCCGUGCUUCCAAAGACGGCCAUCUUUCUUUGCGGGUCAGACUCAAUUUCCAUGGAUAAUCUGUUUCGGGGCAUCGACAUGGCUGUGAAGUCGCUACUUGCACGGCCACGACCGAUGAAAAAGCUCAAGCGCGGUAACACGGGCGAAGUACGGCCUAUCAGGGUGCUGAGAGAACUCAGGCAGGCACUAGAAACAGAUCAGAAUCAGUUUGGUCUUUUCUGGCUGAUGGAGCAUCUCCGUUUUACCCGCGCAACCUUUGCUCACGAUCAAGUCUAUUCGUUACUGGGUGUUUGCAACCCCCAAGAGGCUGCUGCAACUUCAGUUCGAUAUGACCUCGAGCCCGAAGAGGUUUACAAGCGUUCAGCCAUCCUACAUGCAGAUAUACAUGGCAACUUGGAGUUUCUGGGUCUCUGUGCGCCUGAGCAGCGUGAUACCCUCUGCUCUGGAUCACCUGGAAACCCAGUCUUGCGUCCGUUCGCAGGCCCGUCUUGGGUACCAAACUGGCACUCACAGAGGCUGAGGCGCUGUUUAGGUCUUAGCCAUAUCAACCACGAGGAGAGCUUUUUUAAUGCCUCUGAAGCAAUUCCUUUCGACCCUUCAUUUGAGGGAGAGCAGUUAACGGUCUCAGGAGUCUUGAUUGAUAGGAUCAGUUCAAUAGCUGAUUUCUGUCCUCGCGAUAGAGCACCUGACUUCUCGGAUGCCAACUCAAAACUGUACCAGCAGUAUCUGGAUUUCUGGCUGACUCCAGUGGAUGAACCUGCACCGUAUUCAGAUGCUGUCAGUCGGGCAGAAGCCUUCAUCCGAACUUUGAGUUUAGAUGGCAUUUACCUGGAGCCCGUACCCUCGCCUGAUGAUAUUCCAACAAUUUUCUACAACUGGUGCAGUGGCUCAACAUUGUGUAAGCGGCUAGAAACGUACGGGUUCAAGCCCAAAAGGAGUGGAACUGGACCCGGACAAAAGGCAUUUAUCAGAAUGAAGCGUCUGGUAUCCUGGGAUCCAUUCGUCACUUCCAAGGGCUACAUUGGCCUUGGCCGGGAGGGUGCUGCGAUUGGGGAUGAAGUUUGGCUCACCGGGGGCUGCAGUACCCCUGUUCUAUUGUCCCCUAGCACGGAGGGUCCGCUCAGAUAUGAAGUGAAGGGGGAAGUUUUUCUUGAUGGGUUCAUGUUUAAGGGGCAACUUGGGGAAUCAAUCCACCAGGACUCGAAAAUUGAGCGAAUUGUUCUCGUAUAG